AUGUCUCAGGCAGUCAGAAAAAGAGGAGGAAAAAAGUCUGCAACACCUCCAACUAGCUCAAUCGUUGAUGAUGAUUUAAAUAAACUAAAAGCUUAUAAUGAAGAUUCGGAAACCCCAAAAGAGCCAGAAAGAAAGUAUUACAUAGCAUUGAUUAUUGUGACACUUUGUGCCAUUUAUACUAGAUUUUCUAAAAUUGAUACACCUGCCAAAGUUGUAUUUGACGAAGUCCAUUUUGGAAAGUUUGCUUCAUAUUACUUGGAAAGAACCUACUUUUUUGAUUUACACCCUCCUUUUGCGAAGUUAUUGAUCGCAUUUGUUGGCUAUCUUGUCGGUUAUGAUGGAAAUUUCAAAUUUGAAAAUAUUGGUGACAAUUAUAUUGAACAUAAUGUUCCAUAUGUUGCUUACAGAUCUUUCCUGGCUAUCCAAGGUGCCGCGGUUGUACCUGUUAUGUUCUUAACCAUGAAGAACUUGGGAUACUCUGUUCCUGCCUGUCUUUUUUCAAGUUUAUUAGUUUGUUUUGAUAAUGCUCACGUCGCAGAAUCUAGAUUGAUCUUGUUAGAUGCUACCUUGAUUUUAAGUGUCGCCUUGACAAUUUUUGCGUAUACUAGAUUCAUUACCUACCGUAAAGUACCCUUCAGUAGGAAAUGGUGGACAUGGUUGUCAUUGACCGGGGUCUUCUUAUCUUGUGUCAUAUCAACCAAAUAUGUAGGUGUUUUCACAUAUGUCACUAUUGGUAUUGGUGUUCUUUAUGAAUUGUGGUAUUUAUUGGAUUUCAAGAGAGGCUUAACAUUGACAGACUUAUCGAAGCACUUUUUUGCUAGAUUAUGGGCCUUGAUUAUUGUUCCUUUCAUGAUUUACUUAUUCUGGUUUUAUUUGCAUUUUGCGAUAUUGGUUAAAUCUGGUCCAGGUGAUUCGUUUAUGUCAUCCGAAUUUCAGGAAUCAUUGCUUGAGUCACCAAUGGCUAGACAUGCUAAGGACGUUCAUUAUAAUGACAUCAUAUCGAUUAAACAUAAAGAAACGGAUGCAUUCUUGCAUUCGCACCUCUUUGAUUACCCUUUACGUUAUGAAGAUGGUAGAGUAUCCUCGAAUACCCAACAAGUUACCUGUGUCUUUGAUUCUGAAAACAAAGAGUCUUCAGAUAUCAAUAACCACUGGGAAAUUUUACCUCCUAAUGAUGCUGAUGCCGAAGGAAAGGCUGUGUAUACGAACGACAUUGUAAGAUUUAGACAUGUGGGAACUGGGGGUUAUUUAUUAUCCCAUGACGUAGCGUCACCUUUGAAGCCAACCAAUGAAGAGUUUACUAUCGCUUAUGAUGAUGAUGCUAAUGCUGACCAUUAUAAUGAGACCUUAUUUAGAUUACGUCUUUCUGAAUCCGGUAAUGAUAAGAACAAGAGAAAACUUGUCAGAACAAAAGCCAUCCCCUUAAAGGUUAUCCAUGUCGAUACAGUGGUUGCAAUGUGGACACAUGAUGAUGAAUUAUUACCUGAAUGGGGAUUCGGUCACCAGGAAGUCAGUGGUAAUAAGAAAGUUCAAGAUAGAAGUAACAUCUGGACCUUCGAUGAAAUUGUGAACUUAAAAGAAGAUGACAAAAGAGCAGAAUAUGUUCCUAAGGUUAUUAGAAAGAUCCCAUUUUUGAAGAAAUGGUGGGAAUUACAAUUGUUAAUGUUUCAUCAUAACAACAUUUUAUCCUCUCAACACCCAUUCGCCUCGCAGCCAGACUCCUGGCCAUUGGCGCUUUCCGGUGUCUCAUUCUGGAACGAUAAUGAGGAGAGGAAACAAAUUUUCUUUACAGGUAAUGUUAUAGGGUUCUGGUUAGAAGUUGGCUUCCUUGCUAUUUACGUCGGUUUAUUAUUAGCUGAUCAAGUAACUCGCCGUCGUCAUGUUUAUAUUUUAAACAACAAGGCAAGAUCAAGAUUAUACAACACAUUGGGAUUUUUAUUUAUUGGUUGGAGUGCCCAUUACCUCCCAUUUUUCCUAAUGAAUAGACAGAAGUUCUUGCAUCAUUACUUACCAGCACACUUGAUUGCAGCCUUGUUUUCGGGUGGACUUGUUGAAUUUCUUUGUUCUAAUAAUAGUAACAAAAAGACUGGUCAACCAAAAGGUGUUUUGAAAAUUAGAAUGGCCGCAUUUGUUAGUAUUUGUGCUGUUGGCGUAGUUUGGUUCUUCUUCUAUUUCAGGCCUGUGACUUAUGGUGAUAUCUCUUUGAGUGUAGAAGAAGUCAAAAGAAGACAAUGGUUAGAUAUAAAAUUACAUUAUGCCAAAUAA